GCCGUGGACUACAAGAAGCUGAGGAAGCUCAUACUUGCGAAAAAGCUCGCGCCUUGCUUCGAUGCCGUUGAGGAUUCCCAGAUCGACGGCGAUCUCGAGGAGUGCCCCAUUUGCUUCCUCUAUUAUCCAAGCCUGAACCGGUCAAGAUGCUGCGCCAAAGGAAUCUGCACUGAAUGUUUUUUGCAGAUGAAGCCCUCACAUGCUAGUCGACCGGCUCAGUGCCCCUUCUGCAAAACAUCCUGUUAUGCAGUUGAGUACCACGGUGCUAGAACUGAAGAGGAGAAGGGCUUAGAACAGGCAGAGGAGCAGAAGGUUAUUGAGGCAAAAAUAAGAAUGCAAAUGGAACCUCAAAUUGAGCAAAGACUUGUGCAUGUAAACCAACAUCAGACCCUUUCGGAAAUUAUACAUUCUUGCCAUGAUGUGGGAAGUCCAUCUAGUGACCAAGAUGAAGAAAGGGAAAUAACACAAGUAGGGAGAUCAGGACUGCAAGACAGAGUAGACACAGAUUGGGCAUCUAAUCGAAAUGUAGGCCCUACAAGGUAUGAAGUCAAUGUGGAUCUCGAAGAGAUCAUGGUAAUGGAAGCUAUAUGGAAAUCUCUUCAGGAUUCCUCUUUGCUGAGAAGCGAAUCAAGUGAAAUCAGUAACCAAAACCACACAGAGAAUCCUCUCGACUCAUCCUCUUCAUCUUACAAUCAUGGAGACAGCUUCUCACCUUUCGGAAGGCGAGCGAGAACCAUCGACUCCCGUAUGAGAAUUUUGUUGAAUGAAUCUAACAGCACACAACCGGAAACUGUAUGUUUAUCUAAUUGAAUGUGUAUAUUGCCUGACAGCAAUUAAACUUUAUUAUUAAAGCCCCUUGUUCAUCUGGUGUUUGUAUAAUUGCUCCAAAUUGAGAAGAUCUUGUAUAAGCUUAUUUUUAUACCCAUCAAUACAGUUGCAUCGAUGUAUAUUUGAGUUGAAACGGUGACACCGCGUAAUGAUUAUUCGAUGUUUACUUA